AAAUUCCGAUCAUGACUGGUCCUCGGGUCAUUUGACGAUUUGAUUAUUGGACGACCACAAACAGGACACGGGUUGUGGACACAAGAGAUGGAAAGAAUUUAAUCAUUUGAAGCAAAAAAGCACCAAUCAGUGCGUUUGCUUAUUUUAGGAAUAUUCUAUCUCUAUCUAUCUCUGUUGGUUCCGUUGAGUGAGUCAGCGUUAGACGCUGGGUGUGUUAGUGAGAGGUUACUACAAAGGAACCAUAUGAGUCUGGCCUGGGGAAUCAAUCGACAUCGUCUGCUGAGAAAGCGGGAGAGAACACUCAACCUGUCAUCAGAAGGCCGUGGAACUCUCGAGGACGCGGAGCUCGAGUGAAGAAACGUGCGAAUUUGCGGCGUAUACGGAGACAAGACGGGGUCACAUCGUUUCGGACCAAAGCUGAGUUGUAACUGCCUUUUAAAAAUGUCUUUCGGUGCCAUUUGUUUAUUAGUUGUGAUAGGUUUGGCGACAUUUGUGGAUGCUCGGUCGCACCAUCAUAAACAUCACCACAGACGGACUGAUGCUGAAACUGACAGUUCACAAGGCGAACCGAGUGUGGAAAGACGGAGUGAGUUGUGUGUUUAUGAGAAUGACACCUACACCGCUGGGGAGAAAUUCCGCCCUGACCCCUGCACGUUUUGUCGCUGUCCCCGCCGGGGAGGCAGGGCUGUGUGUAGUGUGAUGGACUGCAAAUACGACAAGGGGUGCCUCCGGUACGAGACGGAGCCCGGAGAGUGCUGUGGCAAGUGUAUGGAGCAGGGGUGUCUCCACACUGACGGCAGGGUAUAUCCCAAGGGGUCGGAGGUGCGAUCGGAUGUCUGCACAAAAUGUUUCUGUCCAAAGGACAGCCAGCACACUCUGUGCAUGAAGACGGAAUGUCCUAUGGCCAUGUGUGUGGACCCUGUCACUUUACCAAAACAGUGCUGUGGAUACUGCCCAAGAGGUCCAAAUUGCCACUACAGGGGAGGUAUCAUCUCAGCAAGAGAGGUGAUUCGCGUCGACAGGUGUAUCGUCUGCCACUGCCCCAACCCCCUCAAGGACCGAAGUCUUGACGCCGUUUGCACUAACAUAUGCCAAAUAAAGACAGACAUCAUUAGGAAGGAAAUCGAAAAGAAAAAUAUGGAGGCGACGGGAACGAAGGAUAGGAAGGCGGGAAUUUGAACGCAAAGCUCCAGCUCCAGGGAAUAGGCGUGAUCGCUGUGCCAUCUAGCGAACGAAUGACACACUGGUUGUGUGUUUGUCUUUCGUGGUUGUGCUUCAAAAAAUGCACAUGUUGUGACUGGAUCUCAUCGUUUCUGUCACAUCGCGCAGUUGCCCAUUGUGAUGCGAAUAAAGACUAGUAUUAAAAUGCUUUUUUUCAUUGACACUCUGCAUUUCUGUACGAAACUCAAGCAAAAAACACAUUAUUUACAAUGUACUCGUUUUUAGACAUAUCGCCAAUUGUGCCGGACAAUGACAGGUCAGAUGAGUCGGAUAGACUCCAUGCCGUACUAAAGUAAAUGAAUAUAUGUUAAGACAAAUGGCGUUUUGACGUCACUACAGCUUAAGAAGUGUACAGUCAGAUUGCUGACUGAGGACGAUUGUACAACCACUUGACAUUGAGGACGGACCGAGGCUCUGUCAAUUUGACGCCGUGUGUUGUGACCCCUUCUGCCAAAAAACCACCGAGAAAAAGGCACAAUGACGACAAGAUUAGGUCUAAGAAUUUUUCAUAAUGCCAAAUAUUUGAACUUAAUCUUCCUAGUGUCUGUUUUUGGUACAUCUACAUUUGACAGAUAGAGGUCAGGGCCGCUGUCUGUUUAAAGAUUACAUGAGAGUGGGAAUGACAGCAUCUGGUGGUAUGAUACAGUUAUGAUUGCCAUAUCAACUAGAUGGAAACUAAACGUGCAACCUUGCUAAACGUGCUAAAAUCUCAAUGUGCUCUUCCAAGACGACGGCCAUGUCGCAGAAAGCCACCGGACCUAUUUGGUGUUGGGAAUUCUUUGUACAUUAUAUUCACUGUUUAACAUUGUAGCAACGAAUCAUUCUAAACCUCCUUUUGAGGGAAAACUGUUAUGAGGAAAUAUUGGAAAAAAUUAAUAACUUUGACGAAGUUUAGUUGACGAAAUUGUAUAUACAUGUAUUGUUUAACACAUCCCGAGAAUCCCAUCUUGACCACCAAGGUUUUUGCAUCUUAUCAUUUUAUAUCACAUCAACAAAUGCAAUAAAGUCAAUGUUUC